GCAUUUCCCGAUUAGGACAGCGAGACUACACUUAGGUUCAACGUCAUUGUUGCAACUAGAGCCUGUCUGCGCCUAGUGACCGUAAACGUAUCCACUCCUCAGUGCGCACAGGGCAGAAUGGGAUGCUCCACCAGCUCUCAGACUUCUGCGGUAGACACCACUCGACCCAGCUCCAAGCCUGAGGAGAGCAACGGAGCCAGCACCACAGGAGCGGCUGGAGAGAAUGGAAAAGUAGCUGAAGACAGCGAGACCAUCCCGGACCAAACAACGGCUGAAGGCAGUGAUGCUAAAGUUGAGAGCGAAGCUGCUGCAUCUACAGAAAGCUCUGCUGCAAGCCCCACAGCAGGGGAGGAGUCUCCGCCUUCAGCUGAUGCCAAACCAGCAGAAGAAGCUGCAGCAGCAGGUGAUGCUUCUGCAGAGACGCCAGCUGCAGACGGCUCUGCUGAAGCACCAUCCAGCUCCUCAGAAGCAGCGGCUCCAGAGCAAGCGACAGAUUCAGAGCCCCAACCAGAGGAGCCCCCAGCACCCAGCGAGUGAAGCAAGCCGUGCCUGAUGACUUCUUGCUGGAAGAGUCGCUCCCCAUCUGUACGCAUGAGUGAAAGUAUGUCUGAGUGGGAGUCUGAGUGUGUGUGUGGAAAAAUAUUGCCUUGUUGCCAAGAUGCUGACCCUAAUGAUGACCAAUUUCAUUUAGGGUUUUUCUGUCACCAUUGUGCCUUUUUCUCCCCUUUUUUGAUGCUAAAUCACAGUUUUUACUGUAAAUAGAUAGAAACAUAUAAUCAUUGGAAAGAAAUCAAGAUUAUUCAUUCAAAUCCAUAUUUAUUAUCUGUAUAGAAAGAUAUUUAAAUUGAAUUUAGGGUAAGAAUAUAUUCAUUUCUUUUUUUACAAACAAUAUUCUGAGACAGUCUAGUUCAAUUUAUCAAUUAACUAAUACAUUUAAUUUGAUUUACUGUAGUAAAUAGAAAGGUCCUGCAGUAACAAGCGCUGCCCUGAUCUAUUAAAUAAGAAUAUUCCUAUGUGUCAUGGUGAUGAAAGCCUGAAAUCUACUUUGUAAUAUCACAUAAAUCCAAAAUUGGCAAAAAAAAUGACACCCAUCACGAGUUUUUCUUUGAAUCAACCUCUUUAUUAGUUGCUUCUGUUAAUGAUUUUAUAUGUAAAAAUGACACCACCAGAAGAAACCCAAGAAUCAGUCUUAAGAUGAUCUCAGUGGUAGUGGUGUAUAUCAGACUGAAGCAGUUUAAAGCCAUGGUUACACUCCUCCUACAGGCUUCAGGGGUUUCUGAUCUUGUUAGGCUUUUGAAAGAACCGGCUGCAGUUUGACCUGGAGACCUACAACUUGUUUGAGACUUGGUCGGCUUGUCAGGAGUCAGAAAGCGGGCCGAGGACGGCGACCGCCUCGAUUUCAACCAGUGCGCCCUGCAGAGACAAGACCAAUCAGGAUACCAAGGAUACGAACAUUUCUAAUAAAAAGAAAUUAUGUUUUCAUCAAAUACGCAGAUUCAUUAAAAUGAUAUUGUUAUUGCUAUAGCUGCCCUCAGGAUCUGGAAUUGCCCAACAACUGAUAAAGCAUUUUUUUAUUUGGCAGGUUUACUGUUUCAACAACAAAAUUGGAAACUGCACACACUGACUAUGUAAUAUUAAAGAGUUUCUCCGAAA